CCACAAUUUUAGUCAGUCUGAUGUUAGUGGAAGCACCAGCAGCAUUAGCAGCAGCAUCUCCACUACCAACUCAUCACAACGCUGGCAAAAAAAGCACUGGGAGGGUUGUAAGGAGGUGAUUGCUUCAACACACACAUAUAUAUCUCUUUUUUGAGACAACCGUGCCUGGAGGGAGUAAUUUCUUCAGCCUUUGUGCAGGUGGAAACAUCUCUUUGCAGUUUUCUUAUCAGGACUCUUGAUGAGAUAACAAGCUACUUACUCCUUAGAAAUGCAACUGGUGUGUAUUGCCUGGAUUAAUCUGCAGUAAUGAAGGCUUUUGCUACUCCUGCUUCUGGGAUUAUUUUAUUUCUGCUCGCCUUCAUACAGAGGAGUGAUGGCAAAUGUAAAGAAGCAGUUUCAAGGCUGGAGAUGAAUUGGAAUGUGAAAUAUCACCUCCCUAAUUUCACUGCAGAAACACCAAUACAAAACAUAGUCCUAUACAAGAAUCACUUCUAUGUAGGAGCCAUCAACAAGAUAUAUGUUUUAAAUGAAAGCCUUCACAGUGUCUCUGUGUACAAGACUGGACCUGUUUUGGAGAACCCAGAUUGUGUUCCCUGUACAGAGUGUGCACCUAGAUUAAACCAAUCUGAAAACAUUUGGAAGGAUAACAAGAAUAUGGCUCUGUUCCUAGAAACAUACUACGAUCAUCAACUCAUCAGCUGCGGGAGCGCUGCAAAAGGAACCUGCCAACGUCAUGUCAUUCAUCCUAGCAAUCCCGCUGACAUUCAAAGUGACGUACACUGUAUGUAUUCCAAGCAAGUGGAUGAAGAAUCAGACCAGUGUCCUGACUGUGUUGUAAGCCCUUUAGGCAGCAAAGUUCUGGUGACAGAAAAGGAAAGAUUUGUGUACUUCUAUGUUGGAAAUACUGUAAAUAAUUCAUCUCAGCAAGACCAUUUGCUACAUUCAGUAUCAGUCCGGAGAUUAAAAGAAACCUUGGAUGGUUUUGAGUUUCUCACGCUUUACUCUUAUAUUGACGUCCUUCCAGAAUUCAGGAAUUCAUACCCCAUUAAGUACAUUCAUGCAUUUGAAAAGGACCACUUUGUGUACUUUCUCACUGUCCAGAGAGAAUCUCUAGACUCCCAGGCUUUUCACACAAGGAUCAUACGGUUCUGUUCUUUUGAUUCUGAGCUGCGUUCAUACAUGGAAAUGCCCCUUGAAUGUAUUUAUACUGAAAAACGUAAAAAGAGGUCAACCAAGCAGUCAAAUGAGGUGUUUAAUCUUCUACAGGCUGCCUAUAUUGGCAAGCCGGGUGCAGCCUUAGCCCAGGAAAUGGGGCUUGAUGUUAAUGAUGAUGUUUUGUUUGGUGCAUUUGCCCAAAGUAAACCAGACUCUUCAGAACCAACUCACAAAUCUGCUGUCUGUGCAGUCGCCAUCAAAACCAUAAAUGAAUUCUUUGGCAAGAUUGUGGACAAACAAAACAUGAAAUGUCUUCAGCAUCUUUAUGAAAAGAACAGCAAGUACUGUCUGAACAGGACUUUUUCAAGAAAUACUACCUAUUGUGGAGAACAAGAUGAGGAAUAUCGGGUGGAAGUCACAACAGCUUUGCAACGGAUUGACUUAUUCCCGGAGCAGUUCAACACAGUUUUGUUAACGUCUAUAUCUGUGUUCACAAAAGGGCAUCUUACAAUAGCAAACCUUGGGACAUCAGGAGGCCGCUUCAUGCAGAUAGUGAUUUCCCGUUCAGAGCGCACAACACCACAUGUGAACUUUCACCUGGAUUUCCAACCUGUUUCUCCAGAGGUUAUAAUUGAGAAUUUACCUGGCAAAGAUGGUUAUAUGCUGGCGAUCACUGGAAAGAGGAUAACCAAGAUCCCACUAAAUGGACCAGGAUGCUCUCACUUCAGUACCUGCAGUCAGUGUCUUCUGUCACCUCCCUUCAUGAACUGUGGCUGGUGUGGGAAUCGGUGUGCAUAUUCUUGGGAGUGCAGCAGCGGAGGGUGGACACAGGAGACAUGCUCACCCCAGAUAUCUCAGAUUAUUCCAAGCAGUGCCACUUUUGAUGGUGUAACAAGACUGACACUGUGUGGAUGGGACUUUGGAUUCAACAAAAAUAACAAGUUCAAUUUAAAGACAAUGACAGUUCUUAUAGGGAGAGACCAGUGCAUUCUGGAUGUCAAAGCUAGUGACAAAAACAAAUUGGAGUGCACAGUUGGUCCUGUCAAAAAAGCAAGUUUUAAUGUUUCAAGCACUGUUUCAAAUGGACAAGUGAAUGCAUCAUUCAGUACGUUCUCUUUCGUGAAUCCUGUAAUAAGGAGCAUCUCCCCCACUUAUGGUCCAAGAUAUGGUGGUACCUUGCUGACGUUAACUGGGGAGUACCUAAGUAGUGGGAAUUCUCGAGAGGUUUAUGUUGGUAGGAAGCAAUGCAGCAUAAUCAGAGUGUCUGAUCAUGUAAUAGAAUGCUACACCCCUCCACAAAGAGAAGUGUCAGAGUGUCCUGUCAGAAUGAAAAUCGAUUCAGCCUUUCGCCCAGCAGGUCAAUUUACAUACAGAGAAGAUUCUUCUGUUGCUAAAAUUUAUCCUGCCAAGUCUUUUCUCAGUGGCGGAAGUACAAUUACAGCCCAGGGGAUCAACCUGAAUUCAGCAUUCUCUCCAAAGAUGGUGGUAACAGUCCCUAAACUAGGCAGAAACUUUACUGUGGCAUGUAACCAUCGCUCAAAUUCAGAAAUAAUCUGUUGCCCAACUCCUUCACUGAAAUCCUCUAAUCUGACACUGCCUUUUGUGACAAAGGUUUUUUUCAUUUUUGAUGGUGUCAUCCCAUCUGGUUUCAACUUUGAUUAUGUGAACGACCCAGUCUUUUCCUCCUCAGAGAAACCAGUGCUAAUCUCAAAGAAAAACAGAAAUAUAAUGAUUAAGGGAAAUAACCUUGACUCGGAAGCUGUUAAAGGUGAAGUGCUAAAAGUUGGAAACAAAAGCUGUGAGAAUAUCACCUUGAAGUUGCAGUCUAUUUUUUGUACAGUUCCUAAGGAGCUCCUGGAUACCAACAGCGAAUUGAAUAUAGUGUGGAAGAAAGAAGUUGCACCCGCUGUUAUUGGGAAAGUAAUGAUUCAGCCUGAUCCGAAUUCCACAGCGCUCAUUGUAGGUGUUGUGUCAACCACAAUUUUUUUCUCACUGUUGCUCUUUGGACUUUUCUUGUGGAGAAAAAAGAGAAAACAAAUCAAAGAUUUAGGCAGAGAGAUUGUUCGCUAUGAUGGAAGAGUGCACACUCCUCACUUGGACAGACUUGUGAGUGCAAGGAGUGUGAGCCCUACAACAGAAAUGGUCUCAAGUGAAUCUGUAGACUAUAGGUCAACUUUCUUAGAAGAUCAGUUUCCAACUUUUUCUCAGAAUGGUUCAUGCAGACCAGCCCAGUAUCCUCACGGAGACUUAUCUCCCAUUAUGUCUACGGGAGACUCUGACUUAGCCAGUCCAUUGCUACAGACUAAUGUUCACAUUGACAUCAGUGCCUUAAAUCCAGACUUGGUCAAGGAAGUUGAGCAUGUGGUUAUUGGUCCUGAUAGCCUGAUUGUGCAUUUUAAUGAAGUAAUAGGAAGAGGACACUUUGGAUGUGUCUAUCAUGGAACUUUGUUGGAUACUGACGACCGGAAAAUUCAUUGUGCUGUGAAGUCUUUGAACAGGAUUACAGACUUGGAUGAAGUCGCCCAGUUCCUAAAAGAAGGGAUAAUAAUGAAAGAUUUCACACAUCCUAAUGUCCUGUCAUUACUUGGAAUUUGCUUGCCCAGUGAAGGGUCUCCCUUGGUUGUGCUUCCUUACAUGAAACAUGGAGAUCUUCGAAACUUUAUUAGAAAUGAGUCUCAUAACCCAACAGUAAAGGAUUUGAUUGGAUUUGGUCUGCAAGUGGCAAAGGGGAUGAAAUACCUUGCAAGCAAAAAGUUUGUCCACAGGGAUUUAGCAGCAAGAAAUUGCAUGCUGGAUGAAAAAUUUACUGUCAAGGUUGCUGAUUUUGGCCUUGCUAGAGAUGUCUACGAUAAGGAGUACUACAGUGUACACAAUAAAACAGGAGCCAAGCUGCCUGUAAAAUGGAUGGCUUUAGAAAGUUUGCAAACGCAGAAGUUCACUACGAAGUCAGAUGUGUGGUCCUUUGGAGUCUUACUUUGGGAGCUGAUGACAAGAGGGGCCCCUCCCUACCCUGAUGUCAACUCUUUUGAUAUCACUGUUUACUUACUACAAGGAAGAAGACUCUUACAACCUGAAUAUUGCCCAGAUGCACUAUACGAAGUCAUGCUCAAAUGUUGGCAUCCAAAACCUGAACUACGGCCAGCAUUUUCUGAAUUGGUUUCAGAUAUAUCAAUGAUCUUCUCCACUUUUGUUGGGGAGCAUUAUGUUCAUGUGAACACCACCUAUGUCAAUGUGAAGUGUGUUGCACCCUAUCCAUCUCUUUUGUCAUCGCAAGACAAUAUAGAUCGGGAUGCUGACACAUGACAAGGCAUAUUAACUGCUAUCACAAUGGAGGGGGAAAACAAAUAGUUGCCAACUACUUUUUUGCCAGCUGGUUUUUGUGAAAGCACUGUUGUUUAUGUGUGCGUGCGCACGUGUGUGUAAUGUACAAAUUGCACUAUUUGGGGGAGACAAUUUCAUGUUGCUGAAAGCUACACAAUUGUAUAUUGUCCGAAUACAGUUUUCAAGUGUGACAGGUAGUAGUGAACACUACUGCUGUUACAAAUACUGCAUCUACUCAUCUCUGAGCAAUCCUGCUGCUGUUAUAAAUUAUACUAUGUACAACUGGCCAACUCAGAGAUUCAUGAGGAAGUCAGGGUGUCCACCACUUAAAGAAUGAGCUUGUACUAUUGCUCAGCAGUUCUUUCGUUGCAUAAAAGCCAGACUGAAUAAUAGAUAUUUCAGGAUUGCAAAGAUUUCUGCUAUCCUUUGUCAAAGUUUGCUUUGCUCACUACAGCAAAUACUCUGCUUGAGAGGCAUCCAGUUGCCCAGAUGACCCAAUGGCUGCUUGCUACAUGAUCAAGGUUGCAAAAUGAUUGGGUUUCUACAUCAGUCUGAAAGCUUUGCUGUAUUUAUGUGGCAGUUCUGAGAACAUGGUUAGUUUAAAAGGUCUUUGAAGAAAGCAUUCCCAUUACAUUCAACAAGAAUUUAAUCUUUUCAGAAGUCUCUGCAAUCAGUAGGCCAAAGAUUAGGUUUCAGAGAGAAGGUUUAGAAAUUAUGCAGAAGACCUGUGAGGACAUCUAGGCAAUGGCUGGAGAUUUUAGCCACAGAGGCUAAAUCAAAGAAGAGGCUUCAACAGAAAAAAGAUGGAGAUCUUUUCAAAGAAUGGGGGGCAACCUUGAGCCAAAUGUAGUGCAGCAAUGCAGGCUGCUGCUAAGCUGGGUGUGCUUUCUGUAAGCAAAUUUGGGGAGAAGUUGUGAUACCUAUUUCCUUCUUAAUGCCUUCAGCUGAUCCUAUAGAUUGUGGCACACUAUACAUAUCUUCAUGAUGACCAAAAUUAAAAGGUUUUUUUAAAAAAAAAAUAGAAAUAAUGUAAAAGGUUUGUUUGAAAAAAAAAACAACUAUGCUCUUAACUUCUGACUGAGCGCCAUUUUUCAUUUCUGUUCCUGUGGAAUUAUGUGCAUUCUACUGUACAAAGUGGUGUAGGAUUAAUACCUAGGGGGUUGUUUUUGGUGUAAACCCUUUCAAAGCAUUCUAUUUUUAUACAGAAAUUUUUAUUUUUAAUUAUAUAUAUAGAUAUAAAGAUGUAUAAAUAAUGGUUUGGCUAGGACAUAAAAUACCACACUGUGAAAACUUCAAGAAUAUUUUGUCAGUGUUUGAUUCAUAAGUUGUAAAGAAGUUUAAAACCUGACUGUAAAGACUGGAAUAAUAAAGAGCCAGUUGCACGCCAUCUCCACCCUAAUGUGUUAAAAUCUCCGUAGCUGGAAUCAAAAGCACUUUUAAGAUCUUUGAGGAAGCAAUGCUUAUGAAGAAUCCAAUUAUAAGGGAGAUUUAUUGCUAUUGAGAGAAAAUGAUACACUGAAAGAUUUAUGAUGAGGCUGGAGUGGGUAAGCAAACUACUUGCUGAUAAUCCUGGAUUGUAUUAGACUGCCACAUCCAUUUCAACAGCAAAUGCUUCAUGUGUGUGGAAGGCAAUGUUAAUUGUGAGCUACCUUAACACACACAAAAAAUUCUGCUGUGGGCCAAAUGAAGAUGACAAAAAAAAAAAAGAUCUUGAGGGCUAAGGAAACUUUUGUGAUGUCAUGGUUUAGUAUAAUAAUGAAAAACCUGUAAAAAACAUACUUUGAGAAAUGCAGAUUGGAGGUUUAUGUGUGAAAAUAUGGGAUGCUAUUUAUGAGGAGAGAAUAAUGCUCUGUCUAGGACACCUGUAAAUAAAGUGUGAUUCUUGUAGGGAUUUUGAUGUUUGUACAGUUGAAUACUUGGAUGGUACUUUACCUUUAUAAUUGUGAUGACCUAACAAACGUAUUAAAAUAAAGAAAAAUGUUUAUAUGA